AUGGCAUCUGAAGUAAUACACCAAUGGAUUUCGAUUCCAAGCGAAUUGAUCGGCUCUAUUCCUCGUACACAGGAAUUAGUUCAAGCUCGUACUCAAUUCGAAAGCGACUUGAUGACCAUUGAGGAUUUUCGUAAAAUUGAAAAUGUAGCAGUAGAACAGACAAUCAGAGAGUUGGAUCAAGUCACCGGAUCUAUGGUUUUAUCUGAUGGUGAACAAACAAAGCCUUCAUUUGUGACGUAUCCAAUUUAUGAUCUCAUCUUUGAGCGAUAUAAAUUUGAUAAGCAAUGCUUUCAAAUAACAUUUGCCGAUGGUCAUGUACGAACUUUGCCACGUCUUGUUAAAGCACCUUUUAAAUACGCAACUUAUGCGUACAAAUAUUUAAAUGCCGCCAAAGCGUUGACAAAAAAGCCCAUUAAACAAGCCGUUAUCACUGCAUCAGCACUAUCCAUGGUUUAUUCACCACACCUGUUAAAUACGGGUUGUAUUGAAAAUUAUUCUUAUGAAAAAUUUCUUCAGGACUUGACCAAUGAAUGUGAAAAAGAUAUUCGACUUUGUUUAGAACAAGGAGCACAUGCUGUUCAACUCGAUUUUACAGAAGCUCGUCUCUCAUUAAAAGUUGAUCGAAGUGGUCAUUUACUCAAGGAUUUUAUCAAGAUCAAUAAUCGUGUUCUUGACCGAUUCAAUCCAAAUGAACAGAAAAAAAUUGGCGUACAUGUUUGUCCAGGUGGUGAUCUCGAUUGUGCUCAUUCCUCGGAUAUUGAUUAUACUCUGCUAUUACCUGAUCUAUUUCAAUUACAGCUGACCAAUUUUUAUAUUCAACUUUCUUCUGAACCAGAUCGUAUCAGAGUACUGAAAUGUAUUCAAGAACAUAUGAAGUCGAAUCAUCGAAUAUUCAUUGGUGUCAUUGAUCCGUCUAAUCCAAUCAUUGAAUCGGCAGAAAUAGUUCGUGAUCGUGUUUUAGAAGCAGCAAAAUUUAUUCCCAUCGAGCAAUUAGGUACGACUGAUGAUUGUGGCUUUAGUCCAUUUGCUGAUGAUACAUCUACACCGAGAGAAGUUUGCUAUAAGAAAAUAAAAGCAAGAAUUCAAGGAACUAAAAUGGCUGAACAAAUCUUGAAUACACAUCAUUAA